AUGCCUUCUUCAAGUUUUACAGCGAAUGAGAAGGCUACAAUUAAGAAAAGUUUACCAACUAAUUAUCACAAGAUCUUAGCAGCAGGAAUUUGUCGAAUUUAUUACGCUUAUCCAGAUCCAAAUCAUUGGUCAUUUACAGGUUUAUCAGGAGCUUUAACUUUUGGUCGUUCAACUUCUUCAAAUCAAUUAAAUCAAUUUUGGUUUAAACUAAUUGAUUUAGAAGGUACUCGUGGUACGAUUUGGGAACAUGAAAUUUAUGAAGAUGGAUCAGGUCAUCCUGGAAAAGGUGUAUUUGGUUAUGUUCAAGAACGUACUUUUUGGCAUAGUUUUCAAGGUGAUGAAUGUAUGAUAGCUUUUGUAUUUUCGAAUGAAGACGAAGCUUCAACUAUAUAUAAAAAAGUGAUCAAUCGAUCCAAAUAUGCCAGCAAAUCAUCAAGUAAAUCUACACCUGUUGAAACUACAUCUCCACAAGUCUCGCCAGUCGUAAAUGGUAAAAAGAAGGGUGGGAUCGAUAAAAGUAUGAUCGGUGCUCCUAGUGGAUUCCGACGCGUGGCUCAUAUGGGAUAUGAUAGUAAACUUGGUUUCACAACCGAAAAUGUCGAUCCUUCAUGGGCUCAACUCUUGACUAAUUUAUCCAGCAUGGGAUUCAGUCAGGAUGAUAUUAGCAAGAAUGAAGACUUUAUCAAGGAAUUUGUUAAUUCAGCUGGUGGUGUGAAUCAAAUCCUAUCUAAUUCUAAUUCUUCAGCACCAGGUCGUUCGAAUGGUCCCCCGAUCCCACCUGUCUCUAGAGUUCCACCACCCUCAGUCACCGCUCCGAUCACGUCUAAGCGUGUCAAACCGCCCGCACCACCAGCUCCUCGACGCAAUGGCAAUAGCACUCCGGACGAUACUACUUCUUCUUCAAUAGGAGCACCAACCACGACUCAGACCAUCCCACCACCUUCUCGUCCACCACCUUCCACUCAUGCACCAUCUCGUCCAGCCCCACCUGUCAUCCCUUCACCAGCUGCUCGAUCAAACGCUCCACCACCCCCGUCAUCUACCUCGAGUGUACCAGCAGCCCCACCUCCACCUCCCGCUCCACCGAUGAGUCAAUCAAGAGCACCUCCAGCACCAGCACCUCCCGCCCCGCCAGCACCUCCCGCCCCUAGUGCCGCAGCGCCGCCCCCACCACCUCCGCCACCUGCAGGUGCACCACCACCACCGUCUAUGACCUCUUUAACCCCAGUGGCAGGAGAUCGUGCAAACUUAUUGGCAAGUAUCCAAGGCAAAGGAAUCCAUGUACUUAAAAAAACACCUCAGAGUAAUUCUGAUUCAACACGUAAUCCAUUAAGUCAAUCCACGAGUAGCACAACAAAACCAGAUACAGGAGGUGGAGAAGGUGGAGGAGGUGGAGAUCUGGCAGCUUCAUUAGCUGCUGCAUUGAAUAAAAGAAAAGGUACAAUGGGAGAUGAUAGUGAUGAAGAAGGAGGAGGAAGUGAUGAUGAAUGGGAUUAA